AUUUCCAACGAUGCCAAAGGCCUCUGCUCUGCUCCCACUCCACUCCACUCCACCUCCGUGCUCCGGCAAGCCGCCGCAAGCGAUGGCGCUCCGGCUCGUGCUCGCCGCUGCAUUCGCCGUCCUCGCACCGGCUCUCGCGGCGGCUGGCGCCCCGGCGCUGGGGAUCAACUACGGCCAGGUGGCGGACAACCUGCCGCCGCCGCAGGCGGCGGCCGUGCUCCUCCGCGCGCUCAACGCCACCAAGGUCAAGCUCUACGACGCGGACGCGCGCGUGCUCAGCGCCUUCGCGGGCUCCGGCGCCGACUUCACCAUCGGCGUUCCGGACCGCCUCGUGCCGCGGUUUGCCACGGACCCAUCCGCCGCCUCCGCGUGGGUCCGCGCCAACAUCCUGCCCCACGUCCCGGCGACGUCGAUCACCGCGGUCACCGUCGGCAACGAGGUACUCACUGGCACCGACACCACCAUGCUCCGGUCGUUGCUCCCCGCCAUGGAGGCCCUCCACGCGGCGCUGGCCGCGUGCAACCUGACCUCCCGCGUGGCGGUGACCACGGCGCACUCCCUCGGCGUGCUGUCGUCGUCGUUCCCGCCGUCGGCCGCCGCGUUCCGGCGCGACGUGCUCCCGUACAUGUCCCCGCUCCUGGGUUUCCUCGCCAAGAACGGCGCGCCGUUCCUCAUCAACGCGUACCCCUACUUCGCGUACAAGGCGGACCCGGACGGGGUGGACCUCAGCUACGCGCUGUUCGAGCCCAACGCCGGCGUGUCCGAUGCCGCCACGGGGCUGCGCUACGGCAACAUGCUGCACGCGCAGGUGGACGCCGUGCGCGCGGCGAUCUGCAGGGCAAACUACGGCAAGGCCCUGGAGAUCCGCGUGUCGGAGACGGGGUGGCCGUCGCAGGGCGACGACGACGAGGCCGGCGCGACGCCGGAGAACGCGGCGAGGUACAACGGCAACCUGAUGCGGAUGGUGGCGGAGGGGAAGGGCACCCCGGCGGCGCCCGGCGAGGCGCUGCAGGUGUACGUGUUCGCGCUGUUCAACGAGGACCAGAAGCCCGGGCCGGCGUCGGAGCGGCACUACGGGCUGUUCAAGCCCGACGGCACGCCCGCGUACGACGUCGGCGUCAAGGCGCCGACGAUUAGCGGAUGGAAGGGCAGCGGGGGCGGGAGCGGCAAUGGCACGGGCGGCGGCGCCGGGCUGGUGGUGGCGCAAGGACCCGGCGGCGCCGACGGCGUAGGGCCGGGCACCGGAUUCUACACCGUGUCUGCCGCAUCAGCAAACAAGGUGAAGAGGCGGCGGCGGUGCGUGGAGAGCUUGCUGGUGGCUGCCGUCCUAGCCAUGGUGUCGGGGCUCUGUUGGUCAUGAGUCGCUUUGAGAGAUACAAAAGAUUAAAACUAGUGAAUUGAGGCACGCUAUUGGUUGAUUCAUCAUUGUUUUGGGUCCAAUUACGUGUGAUUCUUGUUUCAUGUGUAUGUCUUGUAGCUAUGCAGAGGAAAGAGCGUCUUGUAAUUGAUACACAUUUGAUACUCCUGCUCAGUAGAGUUUUAGGGACUAUGCUGUUGGGAUAAGCACACUAACACAGCAGGUUAGUGACAGCGGAAGCGAAUAAAUUCAGCAAACACUUGAACCA